AAGUGGUGGAGCCUGGGUUAGAACCCAGGCUUUGCCUUUCCACCACCGUCAUCACAUCUAUUAGCUGAGGUGUAUUCGCUGUCAGUGGUUAUAAUCUUAUGACUUGUAAAUAAAAAAGAAUCAUCAACUGUGAAUAAUGCUAAAUCCUCUAAAACUGAAGGAGGCGGCCCUUGUGUACCUUGACAGGAGCGGAGGUCUUCAAAGAUUCGUAGAUGAUUGCAAGCGAUAUAAUGAAUCGAAACAAAGUUAUGCUGUGUAUCGGUUUAAUAUUUUAAUAAAUCCUUCUGAUGUGGUUGAAUUGGAUGCAGUUCUUGGAAAUCACAUUCUACACCAGCCUCUGAAAGCUGCCCAACUUUUUCAGUCAGUCUGUUUUGUUGCUGUUAAAACUCUCUCAUUAAUUGAACAGUUAAAGACAGAAACUCAGAUUAACAUUGUUCUGAAAAUAACACAUUUACCUUCUCUGCCAAGUUAUUGUUUCGAUCUUUGUGAGUUUCCAUUCGAUUACAUAUCUGAGAGAUUUUAUAAGGUGGAAGGAAUAGUAAUUGCAAUGACAACUAUAACUAAAUACACCCAAGGUGCAAGAUUCCUUUGUUCAGAUGAAACAUGCCCCUUUUCAGAAGGAUUUCAAUAUAUAAGAGUACAUGUUCCCGGUGCCACAGAAUCAGCAACAGUGAGAAAUGAUUUCUUUUGUAAACUGUGUGCUUCACCACUUCAAGAAGACAGAAAAUUUAGAGUACUUGGGGAUAAACAGAUAGUUGAAAUAAUUGCUGCAAAAGCCCUUUGUGCUCUUCAGGGAUAUUCUGAUCAACCAUGCAGGUUUCAGUCUCUCUCAGUUUUCCUAAGAGAUGAAUUAUCCAAUAAAAUGAAAAUAGGAAACAAGUAUGGAAUUAUAGGAAUUCCAAUUUGUGUAAAAACCUGUUCACAAGCAGCUAUCUGUAUAGAGGCCAACAGCAUACAUUUGUGUAGAACACGAGAUCCUUCUGAUAUUGGUGAUAACUUUAGGAAUCUACUGACCAUGACUUCAAACUCAUGUUGGAAGUUUACGGCUAUACUUGCCAACUUCUUUGCAUCACAAAUUGUUCCACCGGGGGUUUACACUACACUCAAACUCUGUUUGUUGAUGAGUCUAGUACAGACCAGUGAUAAAGACAAUGAAGCUGCCAAUUACCUGGAUAUUUUAAUUAUAACUAGUGACCAACUACUGGUAGACAGGCUUCUGAAUUUCAGUGUGUGUCUUGUGCCCCGUGGUAUACGUCACCCAGCUGGUAGUGAAAUUUUCCCCACUGUGUCCAAAGAUAAGUACGGAACUGGGGCUGCCAACAUUCAAGCUUGCAGUGUUCUCCUUGCCAAAGAUGGAAUUUGCUUUAUAGGAGAUUUGCCUUCAUAUAAAAAAGAUAAACUGGAACUGCUUCAGUCAGUUUUAGAGAGCAGAACCAUUACAAUGUACAUCCCUGGAAAGAAGUGUGGAGGAGUUGAUCAGCAGAUUAACAUUCCAAUUCAGACUAGUUUCUGGUCAUUUAUUGACUUGGAUUCAUCUUCAAAGAGACAUGUGUAUAAGAAUAGCACUCUCAUUGGGCAGAUGGAUUUCAGUAUGGUUCCAUCCAACCUUAUGGAUUCAUUCGGGCUGCUGAUUCACUGCAGUGAGUCAUCUCCUUCCCAUCCAGUUCUUCCUUGUGUGGAGCACUGUUUAAAGAAAGCCGUUGACCAAGAAAGCAUUUCUUGGACAGCUUCCCAACAAUUCACAGUCCAAGAUUUUGAAAAGCUAAUUGCUUUUGCAAAGAAUUUACAUGUUGAACUCAGUCCGGAAGCCAAAAACACAAUUAACGGCUACUACCUAGCAAGUCGCAGGACCAGAACAGAUUCUGUACAUGGAUCAAAACUAACAGCAUCAGCAUUAAAACAUCUGGUUGCUUUAUCCGAAGCACACGCUAAACUGAGUUUAAGGAAAUCGGUGCUUAAAGAAGACGCCUUAAUUGCUAUCUUAUUAUUUGAAACAUCUCUUACAUUGAAAUACGGAACUUCUGUGUUUUGUACAGCUCCAAAUGCAGCAUUUCCAUUUGAGUUGAAUAAUGCCAAGUGUUUACAGCAACGGGAUGUUUACUUGCUGCAGUGCCAACAACAGCUCCAGCAGUUUAUUGCUACCUAUGGAUCAGGAGUACUGGUUUCAUCUAAUGAAGAAUAGGCUAUUUUGAGGUGGUGAGGGAUUUUAAAGUUUAAUUUUCCCUCAGCUGGUAUGAGAAAACACGGUGACUUCAUUCAAGGAAAUGUUUGAAGUUGUUUGCUAUUGUAAAUGAACAUUUGACUAGCCCCACAUACCCUCGCUGGACAUGCUUGUUCAGGCCAGCCAUGCCAAUAGUCCUACUGUGGUACCCCACUGGAAACUGAAGUCAUGUAAAUUUAGUUUUAAAGCUUCAAAAACCCUUCUAUUUUUCCUUUAAUCAGUAUUUUAGUACUGAAAUGUGGGUCUUUCAAUCUUCUUAACCACAAGGUGGCAAGUCAUUGAGAAUAAGAAUCAGCAUCAUAUGGAAGAGUUGACAGUCCCUGUCCCUGAACUCCAGCUCCAUAAAUGCCUGCCCUACCUAGGACAGCAUCCUAGAAAGAGGCCACGAAAUAUGACCUCCCUACAGAACAAUCAUCCUGCGGUUAGCAGAUUGAUGCUAGAGGAUAGGGGAAUUUCACUGGGCCUGAAGUUGACAUGAUGCCCCCAACUUACUUGUCUUCAAAACUUGUCUUCAAAAUCCUACUACAAUGAUCUCCCGGCCCACCCACCACCCCUUCUGGAUUAGCUUCUCCUUCUCCCUCCCAUGGCCCCCUGCCUUUCAGUCCCUAUUUUGAUAGCCUGCUCCCAUUUAAUAGCUGUUUCCCCUCUAUGUGUUACUUCUAGACUGACUUCGGAAAUGUUAAUUGGCUUAGCAUAGCACUUUACACCCUGUAAGCACUAAGCCAUUAAUGCUGGACAAUUCACAUUUAAGGAACUGAUGGAGCAAGCAAGAAACCCUCAGGCUACUUUCUCAACUCUCUAUUCCUCCAGUAUUAAAUUAGCUAAUAAAACCCAACAUUUCCUGCCAUGCUAACACUGAACAUAGAUGCAUCCCACAUUAAGCCCAGUAUUUUCAGACUAGGGAAGUCAAAUUUAGUAGAGAAUGAUGAAAUAAAGCACCUCAGUAAAGACAAACUAUUGUGAAUUAGAUUGGUCUUCCCUUGCAAUCGCAUUCAGUAAGCUGAACCUAUUUACAAGCUGUAACUUUUUCAACUUUUUAAACUGAGACAUUCCCAAUAAAACAUUCUAGGUUCAU